AUGACUAUUCUGGGAUCCCACAUAUUUCAAAACGAAUCCAGUCUAAAUGCAAUAGCAACAUCAACUAAUCGCCUAAUGCCAAAAAGGCGAAUUCGACGAAUCGGUACUGAAGAAGAAGGAACUGAAAUAAACCGAUCUUGGUUAUUAUAUUCACCAAAAAUUAACGCAGCGUACUGCUUUUGUUGUUUACUGUUUGUUACAUCAAACUCCGCUACACAGUCAUCUUUCGCAACAGCAUCUGGUUUUAAUAAAUGGAGGAAAAAAGAUAAAUUGAUUAGCCAUGAAAGAAGUCAAAUUCAUCGAAAAUCGUUCACAACGUGGAAAGAAGCGGAAAGAAGAUUAAUUAAUAAAACGGGAAUUGAUGAAUCAUUAGAAGCAAAUAUACAGUCUGAAAAAGAACGGUGGCGAAAUAUAUUGCAACGGAUAUUAGCUUGUAUGAAGUAUCUGAUUAUACAAAUUCUUCCUCUACGUGGUCAUGUUGAAAAUCUAGCGCUUCAAGACGGUACAAAUGUCGGAAACUUAUUAUCUUUACUUAAACUUGUAGCUCAGUUUGAUCCACUGCUAGCUACUCAUCUAAAAAAUGUCAUAGAAACGCCAAGAACUGUCUCAUACCUAUCACCACAAAUCCAAAAUGAAUUUAUUCAUCUUUUGGCAUCCAUAGUUCGAAAUCAACUAAUAAGUGACAUCAAAAGAAAUAAAUAUUACGGACUUUUAUUUGAUUCGACUCCUGAUAUCACUCAUCGAGAACAAAUGUCGCAAGUCUUUAGGUAUGUAGAUAUUGAUUUUACCAACAGAAAAGUUUCCAUCAAAGAAUCUUUUUUAGGAUUUAUUGAAAUACAUGCUAAAGAUUGA